UAAGCCGAGGUAGAAAAGGGCAGCAUGCUCUCAGCCCUUCCCACGAACUUCUGCCUGCACCUAUGGCAGUGACCACCAAGGCUGGGCCUCCUCCUGUGGGCCACCGGGACUAAAGGCGCUAGUUCCGUCCCUGCCAGCAGGGCUCAGUCCAGAGGGAUCUGAUCCUAGGGGUGGAGGCGGGGCUUAGAGUGGCUGAGAGGUGGCCUUAGGCCCCUCUUCCAGUACCAUGGGCGCAGAGCAGGAAACGGUGGGCUCUGCAGGCAAGGUCACGGGGGCUUCUCAGAGGAGGCUGCUCAGAUUCAGGCUUUGCAGAAUGCGUUGCCCCCGGCAGAAUGCAGCAGGUGUCCCUGGCAGAAGAACCUGUGUGAGCGAAUCCUGGCAGCCACUUGAGUCUGCCCCUCCACCGCAGAGGGUGGCCAGCAUGCACUGAGCACCUGGAGUGUUCUGGGCCGGUACCACGAGCUGGUGGCACAAAGGUGGAUGAGGCAGGCCGGCUGAGAUGCACAGCUGUGUUCUUACUGCAGAGACGCACAGCUGGCGGCUGCAUCUGCACAGAUGUGAACAACUGGAUCUUGUUCACACUUGGACAGAGGAAGGUUCCUGAGUAAGCAGGUGGAUAAGACCCCGCCCAUGCCCUCUUCCCAUCCUCAAGAGGACUGUCUGAGGAAAGGAUGAUUGUCAUUGACUGACAGAAGAAGGAAAUGGAACCUCAGACAGGAUCAUUGUGAGAACUAAAAGGAAGUGAAUUCAUACCAAGCAAUUGGGAAGAUGCCUGGUGCAAAGUGGGAAGUCAUCAACCACAAUAGCUAAUAAGCAGUUUCUCUCUAGGUCUGCUGCGCGCCCAGCUGGGAUCCUUGGAUUCCCUUCCCACGGGGUUGAUGUUCCUGUUCCUGGAUCCCACGUCUAUCUCUCUCAUGGGUAUCCUUUACCUUCCUCCAUAAUUAAACAAACAGGAGAGCAGGACUCUGACUCAGCUUGGAAGGAGGUGCAGGAGGGUGAAGCCACACCUCCUUCCAGCCUGACUUGGACGGGAGGGCUGAAGAGACAUCUCUGAGACCUGGUGCUGCCAUCAUGAAUUCCAUAGACCUCGUUUACUGCUCAGAAAGUGAAACUGUUUUUCAAGUUGUUGUUGAGCACUCCCAGGUCACACAACAGAAACUGAAGGUCCUACUCCAAAACUGGGAGAGAUUUGUGGCUAAGGCCAAUUUAACCAGGGAGGAGGCAAACGCACUGCAUGAAUAUCUGAAUAGGCUGAAAACAAAGUUGAGUGGACAGGACCCAGACACACUCAAAGAAGACCAGCUGGACAGAGAGAAGUUUUUGGAGGAGUUUCCUGUGAUAAAACAGGACCUGGAGAAAGACAUAGAAAAGAUCCGCGCUUUUGCAGACAAAGUUGACAAGGUGCACAAGGACUGCACGAUCUCCAAGGUGGUGGCCCACUCCACUGGCGCUGUGUCUGGCAUCCUCAGCAUCGUUGGCCUGGCUCUGGCACCUCUGACAAUGGGGGCCACUCUGCCUCUCUUGGCCACUGGGUUAGGGCUGGGCAUAGUGUCUACUGUGACCAAUGUGUCCACCAGCAUCGUGGAACAAGUAAACGUGUCAUCAGCAGAAACCAAAACCACUCAACUGCUAUUCCCUGACACGAAGAAAUGGAAGGUAGUCAAGGAUGUACUCAAGAAGAGGACACCUCAAAUUAUUUUUGCAACGAAGUCAUUCAUCAGUGCCCUAGAAUACAUUCAGAAGCAAGUCCAAUUUAUCAAGGUGAUUAAGGCCAGCCCUGCCUUAGCAGCCAAAGUCAAGUUCUUCAUAACCAAAGGGAAAACCUUCAUCCAUGUCAGCGGUCAGACGCGGAAAACUUUUGGAGGCGUGGCUUUAGCAAUGGCAAAAGAAGUCCAUAUCACUGGCCUAGUUCUGUCAUGUAUCGGCCUUGUGAUAGAUGUGGGCUUCCUGGUGAAAGAGUCAACACAUUUACAUGAUGGAGCGAAGGCAGAGUCAGCUGAAAAGCUGAGGCAGUAGGCCCACGUGUUGGAAAGUAUAUUGGAGUUACUCACUGAGAUCCAUGAGAAUCUGCAGGAGGGCUCAGUUCCCCCACCCCCAGAGGAGUGCAGUGCCAGAAGCCAGCGUGAGGAACUCUGCCCAUGGCAAAGGUCAU